CUGUAAUUUGAAAGGUUUGAUCACGUGACAACAUUUUUUUUCUUUUUAUCAAGCAUAAACGUCUGGGUUUACCAACGUUUAUGGUUGGUUUUUGCCUGCAAAAUACAUUAUUGUGUGUUUUUUAUGAUUUUGUGAAUAACUUGAAUAUUAGAUUUCGGAAAACAAAAUAUGUGUGCAGAUUUGAAAUGCAUUUUAGUGAAUGCGGAUUGAGGAAAAUUUAGACAGUUUAUCACAAUGAAUAAAGAUGAGGCAAACUGCGCGCAGGUGACCAGAUUUCUAGUGUCUCCAGUUACUGCCAAUCAGCCAAGUUUUGUUUUGCAACCUAACACUGUCAUAAAGGCAAUACCUAUAAGUGUCGAGUCGUUACUGUUUCAAGCAACGACCACACUGCCGAACUCUGUUCCAACACAACCUAGUCAUUCUGUAAACGUAUUUCAAGAUUUUAAGACUAAUGAUGAGAGAGUUCCAGCCAAAGGCAGACGUCCGAAACAUAUUGUACCGGAAGUUGAUGGAAGGUAUGAGUCAGGACCGGCCAUGUUGGCAGAUAGACCAAUGUGUCGUUCCUGCGGCAAGUACUUCAUGAGUCGUCAGCAGCUGAAUCAGCACAUGUUAGUGCACACGGACGUAAGGAAAUACAAGUGUAGUUAUUGUGAUCGUACGUUUAAACAGCCAUCGCAUCUACAUCAGCAUCAUCGUAUACAUACAG